CUUUUGAUAUGUCGGAUGAUUCAGUCAUCAACCAAGUCAUAUACUUGAGAAAACAUUGAUAGGCAAAUUUGAAAUAUUUAUGAUGUACAGUAACAGGAUAAAUGAUUCUGUAGAACUUUUUUUCGGUUAGUUAUUUCUACUUUCCUUUUAGAAAUUGAAACUAAAGGUUACUCUAAAUCCUGCACCGAGCCAGUUUGCAGUUUGCGAUUAGACGUGUGCUAGAACAUUACGUGGAACUAGACUAGUUUUACAGCCUGGUAUAUUGCUUUUGGAAAACCAGAAUAAUGUCGGAUCAUUCCUUAACUGAAUAUCUCAAUACAGCACAGGAAGUGGCCAGAAAGGCAGGGGAGAUGGUCAAGGAAGCGUUUUACAAGGAGAAAGACCUUAUGACCAAAGAAUCUUACGCAGACAUUGUCACAGAAACGGAUCAAGCUGUAGAGAAACUCAUCAUAUCCUUACUGCACGAAAAGUACCCAACCCAUCAGUUCAUCGGAGAGGAGUCAACAGCAGAAGGAAAGAAAGUGGAAUGGACAGAUGCACCGACUUGGAUCAUUGACCCCAUUGAUGGAACAGCCAAUUUUGUACACAGCAUUCCUCAAACUUGUGUCUGUAUUGGUCUGUCUAUCAAUAAACAGAUGGUGGUGGGCGUGGUCCAUCUUCCUAUUACGGGACAAACAUACUUUGCAUCCAAAGGGGGAGGAGCUUAUUGUAACAGUCAGAGAAUAACAGUGUCCAAGGUUAAAGAUCUUAAGAAGUCUGUUGUUAUUACUGAGGCUGGGAAUUCUAGAGACCCCAAGAUUCUGUCAACCAAAAUGAACAACGUCCACAGGGUAGUGGAAGCCUCGCACGGGGUGAGGAUGUUUGGGUCUGCAGCGGUCAAUAUGUGUACAGUGGCUGAGGGAAAAGGAGAGGUGUAUUUUGAGUACGGAAUUCAUAUUUGGGACUUUGCUGCAGCUGGGAUCAUAUUUACGGAGGCGGGGGGUGUUUUAAUAGACCCCUCAGGAGGAGAUGUUGAUUUCCUGAGCAGACGGGUUUUGGCCGCCUGUAAUCGAGACAUUGCUGACCAGUUAUCUCCAGUUCUCACUCACAUAGAAUUUGAUCAAGAUUAGGGUAGUGGGGAUAAAACAUUUUGUUUGAUGAUGUUAGAAAUAACAGGCAUUUUAUCCAAGCAUACUGUAAUACGUCCCAUCUUGAUCAUCUAAUUCACACACUCUUUUGUAAUAAAGUUACAAAAGGUGUAUGCAGUGCAAUACUGUUAACUUUCUACUUUUUGUCAGUAAUCAUAAGGUAUUUACUUUUCAUGCUGGUUUAAUUCCACUAGUACACCACCAACAGAAGACUAUACAUAAACAAUGUCGAGGAUUUACAUCAAAUCGUUUUUUUGAACUAUUCCAAAAUACAUGUAUGCUAAUUUAUGAUUGUACUAUAUUAUGCACAUGUUGGAAAACACUGAUUUUUGAUCGUGCCAUUAUGCAUAUGAAUACACUUAUACAUUUACUGUAUAUCUUUUAAAUUCAUAGCAUUUUAUGAUACAUGUAAAGUGAAUAAGAGUGUGACAUUAUUCUCCUCAAACACGACAGACAACUAGACGAUAUUUUCCCCAAGCACUUCAGAUAACAGAUCCUGCAGAGAUAAAGAUGUUUUUCCCAAUAACUACAGACAACGUGAAGAUAUCCUCCCCAUGCACUAUUGACAAUACAUUUCCUACAGAAGUACAUGUUGACAUUUUCCCUGUGUACUCUUGCAGCAGAUGUUGAAGUGAACAACUAUCGUACCUUUUAUACCUCAAUAUCAAAAGAGCUGCAGGAAUUUAGGGGAUCAUGUUACAAGUAUUGCCAGCAUUGCGUUGGAUUGUGUUGCCACAUAUAAGCAAAAUUUUAGUGCUAGACUGUGAAUUUGGUGAUAUUGCAUAAUUUGCCAUUGAUGUUGUGGGCAACGAAAUGCAAUGGAAAAGACCAUUAGUUUUGUAUGUUAAUUUGAUAAUGUUGUUAAUGAUUAGAAUUUUAUAUUAGAAA